AUGACAUCAAAUAAUAUCAGUAAUAUAAUUGUAUCCGCUCAAUUAAUAUUUAGUCAUUUGAUAUAUUUGUUUGUUGCUAAUUACUGUGGACAAGCAGUAAUUAAUAAUGGAGUAAAUCUGUUCAACGCCAUUUAUAAUGGAUUAUGGUAUGCAGCACCAUUGUCAACGCAGAAAUUAUUAUUAUUUAUAAUGCAAAGAGGAAGCAAGAACCUUACCAUAUCGUGCUUCAGCAUAUUUGUUGCAUCCUUGGACGGUUUCGCUACGCUCACAAGUAUGGCAGUAUCCUACUUCACAAUGAUUUAUUCAACGCGAAAAUAAUGAGCUAAAAGGA